GCCGCGCCCCAUGGGGAGCCGACGGCCGCGGCGCUGCUGAGCCGGGCCCGGGCUGCCGCGGGCCCCUGUGCGGCUGCCGGGCCGGCCCGGGCGCCCGGGCGCUGGGGGCCGCGGGCUGGGGGAGGCCGCCGAGCGCCGGAGCCGGGGCCCGGGCCGGGGGCGCGUGGCGGGGCGACAUGAGUCUGGUCGGGGGCUUCCCCCACCACCCGGUGGUGCACCAUGAGGGCUACCCGUUCGCCGCCGCCGCCGCCGCCGCUGCCGCCGCCGCCGCCAGCCGCUGCGGCCACGAGGAGAACCCCUACUUCCACGGCUGGCUCAUCGGCCACCCCGAGAUGUCGCCCCCCGACUACAGCAUGGCCCUGUCCUACAGCCCCGAGUACGCCAGCGGCGCCGCCGGCCUGGACCACUCCCAUUACGGGGGGGUGCCUCCGGGCGCCGGGCCCCCGGGCCUGGGGGGGCCGCGCCCCGUGAAGCGCCGGGGCACCGCCAACCGCAAGGAGCGGCGCAGGACUCAGAGCAUCAACAGCGCCUUCGCCGAGCUGCGCGAGUGCAUCCCCAACGUGCCCGCCGACACCAAGCUCUCCAAGAUCAAGACGCUGCGCCUGGCCACCAGCUACAUCGCCUACCUCAUGGACCUCCUGGCCAAGGACGACCAGAACGGCGAGGCGGAGGCCUUCAAGGCGGAGAUCAAAAAGACAGAUGUGAAAGAGGAGAAGCGGAAGAAGGAGCUGAAUGAAAUUUUGAAAAGCACAGUGAGCAGCACCGACAAGAAAACCAAAGGCCGGACGGGCUGGCCGCAGCACGUCUGGGCCCUAGAGCUUAAGCAGUGAGGAGGAGGAGGAGGAGGAGAAGGAGGAGGAGGAGGAGGAGGAGGAGGAGAGAGCGCCGGGAAGCCGAUGCAGACCCGGGACUACGGAGAAGCUCUCCCCGCUCGGCUCCAGGACUUCUUGCCUUUGGAAUCAUCCGGUUUAUUUAUGUGCAAUUUGCCUACCCUCUCUUUGCUCCCCACCACCCCCUCCAAAAAACAAAAAAAACAAAAAAGUGGAUAUUUGAAGAAAAGCAUUCCAUAUUUUAAUAUGAAGAGGACACUCCCGCGUGUGGUAAGGGAUCCUUUCGUUUCUAGAUUGUGUGCGUGAACGUUUACCUCUGGCUGUGUAGACACCAGCGUGCUCCCCUCUCCCGGUCUCCCCCCUCCCUAACCAGAUCAAAGACAGCGGACAAUAGUGUGUAUGUGAAGUGUAUCUUUAAUACCUGACCUUUGGAUAUAAAUAUUCCUGGGGAUUAUAAAGUUUUAUUUCAGAAAAAAAGGGGCGCUAACAUAUCCGUUGGGGGUCAGUAUCUAGUGCUGUGUUUCAUCUGUGGUCGUUCCCUCUUCGAAAAUGUUUCCAACAGCUACUUGUUGUGUGCACUUCCGUCCUCGAAAAAAAAAAUUAAGUGGAAUUUAAUUAAUAUUGAAGGUGUAAACGUUGUAAGUAUUCAAUAAACCACUGUGUGUUUUUUUUACAACCCCCCUAUCUUUUAAUGGUUGAUACCUCAAGAAAGAGUUUUGAAAACAAAGCUGUUCUUGUUUUCAUAAUAUUUAAAAUAUUCCGAAGUAAACUAAAUUAUCACGA